AUGUCGCAGGAGAAGCCUCUUCCCUUCGCCUACCAGUUCGCCGCAGGCGCCGUUGCUGGCGUCUCGGAGAUUCUGCUCAUGUACCCGCUCGAUGUUGCGAAGACGAGAAUUCAACUCCAGACGGGCAAGGGUGGAGGCGCGGAAGCAUACAAUGGGAUGCUGGACUGCUUCAGGAAGAUCAUCAAAACCGAGGGCUUCUCUCGUCUCUACCGCGGUAUCUCGGCCCCAAUUCUCAUGGAAGCCCCUAAGCGAGCCACCAAGUUUGCUGCCAACGAUGAAUGGGGCAAGGCCUACCGCAAGAUGUUCGGCGUGCCUCAGAUGACCCAGUCCCUCUCUGUCCUGACCGGAGCCACGGCUGGUGCGACCGAAUCCUUUGUCGUUGUGCCCUUUGAGCUUGUCAAGAUUCGUCUUCAGGAUAAGGCGUCCGCUGGCAAGUACAACGGCAUGGUCGACUGUGUCACGAAGACUGUGCGCAACGAAGGCCCCCUGGCCUUGUAUCAAGGACUGGAGAGUACCAUGUGGCGCCACAUUCUCUGGAACGCUGGCUAUUUCGGCUGCAUUUUCCAAGUUCGCCAGAUGAUGCCCAAGGCUGAGACCCAGCGCGGACAGAUGUUCAACGACCUCAUUUCCGGCGCCAUCGGCGGAACCAACACUCCACGAGUUCCUGGGGUUGUUCCAAAGUACAACUGGGCUUGGCCGGCCGUUUUCACUGUCCUGCGGGAAGAAGGCCCAGCUGCACUCUACAAGGGCUUCCUGCCAAAGGUGCUUCGUUUGGGUCCUGGUGGUGGUGUCCUGCUGGUUGUCUUCACUACGGUGUCUGAUAUGUUUCGCAAGUUCCACUACGGAUAG